AUGUCUUCGUCAAACAAGUCAAAUUUUACAAUUUUCGAUAAUUACACAGUAUCAUCAUCAUCGAUAAAUGCAUCGUCAAAUUUAUCAUGUCAUAUUAUCAAAUAUAAUUAUUUACAAACUAAAUCUGUUUAUAAUUUUGUUCGAACGGUAGCAGCAAAUUCGAAUCGAUUUUUUAUUAUACCCGCUAUUAUAUUGAAUUUAUGCGCAUUUUAUAUAUUACGUCGAACACGUAUGAAUCGAUCAUCAUCCAUUGCAUUCUAUAUGCAAGUAUUAGCCUUAUGCGAUGUGGCAUUUUUUACCAUGAGAGUGAUAUUUGGUGAACUAUCGAAUUUACCCGCAGGAAAAUUUGCAUUGACUGCAGGAAUGUGUAAAUUUUUAUUUUUAAUGGUAAAUGCGGUCAACUAUACAACUGUAUGGUUAAUUGCUGCUAUGAAUGCUGAUAAAUUGCUUGCUGUAUGUAUGCCAUUACGUGUCUCCGAUUUAUUGUCUCGAAAAAAAGCGUACGGUGUUGUCGGAUUUGUUAUUAUAUGUUCUAUGCUCGUUGCAAGUGUUCACGCAUCUCGUACAACAUUAAAAAAUAAUAGUUACUGUUGGUUAAAAACACCACAAGAUGAGAAACUUGUUUUUAUCUUGGACGCUUUUGUUUGGUGUUUUGUUCCAUUUGUUGUGAUUUCAAUAUUAAAUGCAGCAAUAUUUUUUGCCUUAUUAAAAGCCAGACGAGAAGCGUCUCAUCUUGUUGAAUCAACUUGUUCUACAUCGUUCAUGUUACGUCCUAAUUCCUCAUCGCCUCCGUCAUUACCAAAAUUUAAUGUUACUAAAGAGCGUGUAUCAUCUAAUUUCCUCCGUACAUCGAAUCAAUCGAUAAUAACUAAUCCAACAACACCAAAUAUGAAUGUAUUGAAUUCACGUGCACGUAUUCAAUCACAAAAUCUUCAAAUAACAAUUAUGCUCAUAACAAUUUCUAUAUGUUUUUUUGUUUUGACAUUACCAAACGCAAUUUAUUAUUUAUUAAUAUUAUUUCAAGUUUUAAUUGAAAGUUGGAAAGUGGUCAAAUGUGAUCAAUAUCUGCAUAAAAAUCUAGACGUUUAUGUGAGAACAUCAGCGGUUAUCGGUGCUCGAUUUCGUAAUGAAUUUCGCCGUUUGAUAUUUUUUAAUUUAUGUCAUCGUUGGAAAAAUAAACAACAUCAAAUAUUACAUGAACAAAAUCGUUCGUUUGUUAAAGGAAGUGCACUACCAACCGUACAAAAUUUAUCACUAUUACCAAAUCAUCAUUAUACUCGAAACAAUAAAGAUUAUAUAUCGACAUCGUCGACAACUAUCGUGAAAAUUAGACAAUCGACAAAUGAUAAAAAUGAAAUUAAUGGAUUACUCAACGAGAAAUAA